UUUCUACUCAUCUGGAGCUACAUAGAUAUUAAAUUGUUCGCCCCGCAUGGUAACAUUCCUCCUAGAGUAGUUGUUAAUGUGAAUAAGAGAAACUCUGGUGCAGCCAUUUUUGUACAUUCAACGUAUUCUACGGAUAGAGGAAUACAUAGAAUUGAACAUAGUAAAAUAAGCAUUUGAUAGAUUUUGUUGAAUUGUUCGUUUGGAAAUUUCCCGAAAAGCUAAAUAUAGGUUCUUCUCUCCAUCGGGAAAAUAGGGCCAUUAUGCUCAUUGCUAAACUUGUUGAAGAGAUGAAAUAUAACCAAGUUAUAUCUCUGAAUUUCUGAUGGCUUGCAUGUAACUAAUGUCUACCAAUGUGAUUAGGUUUUUAGAGGAAGAUCUUGAUAUUCACGUAUCACAAAUGCGGGAUCCAAAUGCAUGGGGAGGUGAGCCUGAAUUAUUCAUGGCUUCACAUGUUCUCCAGAUGCCAAUAACGGUAUUCAUUCACGAUGGGGAUUCAACGGGGUUGAUAACCAUUGCCGAGUAUGGGCAAGAGUAUGGCAAGGAGAAUCCCAUCAAAGUACUAUAUCGAGGCUCUAGCCAUUAUGACGUGUUGCAGAUUCCAGGGAAGUAGGGUGCCCCAUAAGACUCUAGUAGUAAUCAUAUAUCCCCAGGGAAAAAUAGAGGCGAGUAAUGGCAGCAGUACUUGUGUGUUGAAUUAGUGACUUUAGUAAUAAUAAAAGUCCCAACGCUAUUUGUUAUUAUUUCCUCAUUUGUAUUUUCAUGGUGUAUCCCGGGGCUUUGAAAUGGUCCAAAUGGAGCAGCACUUGUGUGUUGAAUUAGUGACUUUAGUAAUAUGAAAAUCUUCAAUUUCUUCUACCA